UCUACCUUCCUCCUCCCCCGGUGAAUGCGGUGCAAAGGCAGCGGAGACCUCCGAAUCACGCAAUGUUGGGAUGGACGGCGCACACUAUUUUGACUCGCCCUCUCCAAGCGGACUAUGAGGUCCCCGCUCCGAGCGAAACUUUGUCGGAUUCCGCCGUCGUCGUCGUCGCCGUCUUUCGGGGAGACACACUCGAGAAGUGGGAAUCGCUGAGCAGCGCGCCGUCCCCGCAAGAUGGCCUCGGCUGCUAGUGCGCCCCCCGAGCCGGGGACAGGAGAGCCCGGCCGGCCGAGGCUAACGCGGAGGACCCGGAGGAGCUCCAGCCGCGACCCGCCGCCGCCUCCUCCGCCGCUGCCGCCGGAUUUGGACUACCUGCAGCGGCCGAGCUACUGCGACGCGGGCUUCGCUUUGGAACAGAUCUCCCAGGGGAAGGCGACCGGGAGGAAAGCGCCGCUAUGGCUGAGAGCAAAGUUCCAGAGACUUUUAUUCAGGCUGGGCUGUUACAUACAAAAGAACUGUGGAAAGUUUUUAGUGGUGGGCCUCAUGAUUUUCGGCGCUUUCGCGGUGGGCCUACGAGCGGCUAAUUUGGAGACGGAUGUGGAGAAACUAUGGGUAGAAGUGGGCGGGCGUGUGAACCAGGAACUGAAGUACACGCGUCAGAAGAUCGGCGAAGAGGCCAUGUUCAACCCUCAGCUCAUGAUUCAGACGCCACGGGACGAGGGAGCCAGCAUUUUGACGGUGGAGGCAUUGUUGCAGCACCUGGAGUCAGCCAUACGAGCCAGCAGAGUUCAUGUCUACCUUUAUCACCGGCAAUGGAAAUUAGAACACUUAUGCUACAAAUCAGGAGAACUAGUCACGGAAACCCAUUUUAUGGAUCAGAUCAUAGAAAAGCUUCAUCCUUGUCUCAUCAUCACACCUCUAGACUGUUUCUGGGAAGGAGCCAAGCUUCAUUCUGGAAUGGUCUAUCUUCCUGGUAAAGACCCUCUGCAGUGGACCAACUUCGACCCCAAGGAGUUCCUUGACGACUUACGACGGGACCACUUCCCGGUAGACGGCUUUGAAGAGAUGUUGGCAAAAGCCGACGUUGGACACGGCUACAUGGAUCGUCCCUGUCUGAAACCCUCCGACCCCGACUGCCCCCUCACUGCACCCAACAAGAACUCCACCAAGCCGUUAGAUGUGGCGUGGGCCCUGAACGGCGGCUGCUAUGGGCUGUCCAGAAAGUACAUGCACUGGCAGGAGGAACUGAUUGUAGGCGGGACCACCAAGAACGGCAGCGGACCCCUGCUCAGCGCCCAGGCCUUACAGACCAUGUUCCAGCUGAUGACGCCCAAGCAGAUGUUUGAGCACUUUCGGGGCUACGAGGAGGUUUCCCACAUCAACUGGAAUGAGGAGAAGGCUGCAGCCAUUCUGGAAGCGUGGCAGAGGAGAUAUUCGGAGGUUGUGUUGAAUAGCGUGGCGGCCAACUCAUCCCAGAAGGUCUUGUCUUUCACUACCACCACUCUAGAGGACAUUCUCAAGUCUUUCUCGGACAUCAGCGUUAUUCGUGUGGCCAGCGGUUACUUACUGAUGCUGGCCUAUGCGUGUCUGACCAUGCUGCGGUGGGACUGUGCCAAAUCUCAAGGGGCUGUAGGGUUGGCGGGCGUCCUGCUGGUGACGCUGUCAGUGGCGGCAGGUUUGGGACUCUGCUCUCUCUUGGGCAUUUCCUUCAAUGCGGCCACCACACAGGUGCUGCCAUUUUUGGCUCUGGGUGUCGGUGUGGAUGACGUCUUUCUCCUUGCGCAUGCCUUCAGUGAGACGGGGCAGAACAAGAGGAUCCCAUUCGAGGACCGCACGGGCGAGUGUCUGAAGAGGACCGGGGCCAGCGUGGCGCUCACGUCCAUCAGCAAUGUCACCGCGUUCUUCAUGGCGGCCCUCAUUCCCAUCCCUGCUUUGCGAGCCUUUUCUCUGCAGGCUGCAGUGGUUGUAGUGUUUAACUUCGCCAUGGUCCUGCUCAUCUUUCCCGCCAUCCUCAGCAUGGAUCUUUACCGACGAGAAGACAGACGCUUCGACAUUUUCUGUUGCUUCUACAGCCCGUGCGCCAACCGCGUGAUCCAGAUCGAGCCUCAGGCGUACCUGAGUGGAUCCGACGGGAGUCACUACAGUCCACCGCCAUCCUACUGCACGGGCCCGCCUUCAUACUGUACACCUCCCCCCGGCUACAGCAGCCCGCCGCCUUCCUACAGCAGCCACGGCUUCGCCCAGCAGACCCAGAUCACCAUGCAGUCCACCGUGCAGCUCAGGACCGAGUAUGACCCGCGCACGCAGGCUUUUUACACCACCGCCGAGCCCAGAUCGCAAAUCUCCGUGCAGCCCAUCAACACGCCUCAUAACAGGAGCAACCCUCAUAGUGACUAUUACAGCCACAACAACAACAAUAAUAAUAGCGGGAGGCGGAGUCACGUUGCAUCACGUCAUCAUCAUCAUCCCGGCACUGUACAACAGGAGUCUGCUGCGGGAAGUAGCCAGAUCCCAGAGAAUAACAGCUCUACACGGGACCUGCUGUCUCAAUACGGGGAGGUCCCGCUGGGCAUAAGAUGCAUGGAGCCUCCCUGCACCCGCUGGACUCUGGCGUCUUUUGCCGAGAAGCACUACGCUCCGUUCCUUCUGCAGUCCACCACUAAGAUGGUGGUGAUCGCGCUUUUCCUCUGCUUGCUGGGAGUCAGUCUGUACGGGACCACCCAAGUGAGGGACGGCCUGGAGCUGACGGACAUUGUGCCGCGAGAAACCAGCGAAUACGAUUUUAUCGGCACCCAGUUCAAGUUCUUCUCCUUCUACAACAUGUACGUGGUGACGCAGCGGGCCGAUUACGCUCAGAACCAGCCUCUGCUGCACCAGCUGCACCACAGGUUCGGCACUGUCCGCUAUGUGCUCAAGGAGGACAACGGGCAGCUGCCCCCCAUGUGGCUUCACUACUUCAGGGACUGGCUGCAAGGUCUGCAGCAGGCAUUCGACAAGGACUGGGAGGCGGGCCGCAUCACUCUCAACAGCUACAAAGACGGCUCUGACGACGGCGUCCUGGCUUAUAAACUUCUGGUGCAAACAGGACGCAGAGACAAGCCCAUAAACUUCAACCUGCUGACCCGUCACAGGCUUGUGGACGCAGACGGGCUCAUCAACCCUGGGGCCUUCUACAUCUACCUGACAGCUUGGGUCAGCAAUGACCCGGUGGCAUACGCCGCGUCGCAAGCCAACAUCCGCCCGCACCCUCCUGAGUGGCUCCACGACCGCACCGACUCCAUGCCCGAGACGCGCCUCAGCAUCCCGGCGGCCGAGCCCAUCGAAUACGCACAGUUCCCCUUCUACCUCAACGGGCUCCGAGAGACGCCGCAAUUUGUGGAGGCCAUCGAGAGUGUGCGGGCCAUCUGCAGCAACUACAGCCGACAAGGCCUUCCCUCCUACCCCAACGGCUACCCGUUCCUCUUCUGGGAACAGUACGUUAGUCUGCGCCACUGGCUCAUGCUGUCCAUCAGCGUGGUGCUGGCCUGCACUUUUCUGGUCUGCGCCCUCUUCCUGCUCAACCCUUGGACAGCCGGCAUCAUUGUGCUGGUGCUGUCUCUCAUGACAGUGGAGCUGUUUGGCUUCAUGGGGCUGAUGGGAAUCAAGUUGAGUGCCGUCCCCGUGGUCAUUCUUAUUGCCUCUGUGGGCAUCGGGGUUGAGUUCACUGUCCAUGUGGCGCUGGCCUUCCUGACAGCAAUAGGGGACCGUCACAAGCGGGCAGUGCUGGCACUGGAGCACAUGUUUGCACCGGUGCUCGACGGGGCUUUCUCUACGUUGUUGGGUGUUCUGAUGCUGGCAGGAUCGGAGUUUGACUUCAUCGUCCGGUAUUUCUUUGCAGUAUUGGCCAUCCUAACAGUGCUAGGGGUCCUGAACGGAUUGGUCCUUCUUCCAGUGUUGCUGUCCUACUUUGGGCCCUAUCCUGAGGUGUCUCCAGUGGAUGGACGCUGCAGGUUACCCACCCCCGACGCCCCCUCCCACGUGGUCCACUUCUCGGUCCGACCUCAGCCCACGGCGUCUGCCUCGAUCACCUCAGGCGCCGCCUCGGACUCCUCAGAUUCCGAGUACAGCUCCAACAGCAGCGCGUCGGGCGUCAGCCAGGAGCUGCAGAGCUACAACACGCCCUCUCAUAGAGGACAAGCGGGAGUGGAGCAGCAGCAGUACCGCCUCCACACCAGCAGGAGCAGAAUAGGCAGGACAGAGGAGGAAAGGAGGGCAGGAUCAGGACACAGGCGCUCAGCCAGGCGGCCCGAGCCUGCAGCCUUUAGGAUGUCCUCGGGUUCUCAGGGUUGUAAUGCGGGGCCACCACCCAGCACCACUCAACGUAACAGGGACCCCAAGGGCCAGCCGUCCCGGCAUGCCCAACCCCCACCCCGCCCACGCACGGACGCUUUUGAAUCCUCCACUGAUGCCGGAGGCCGCGCUCACAGCCACAGAGAACAUUCUGCGGGCCAUCGGGGGCGCCCCUCCACUCACCACCACCCCAACCCUUACGGCCAGCCCAUCACCACGGUGACGGCGUCAGCCUCCGUCACCGUCGCCGUCCACCCCCCCGCCGGCUCCUCUUACCCGGGUUACACUGCAACGGACAGUUACUGCCAGGAGGAGGAGCCCUCCUUUCAGGACCCCCAUGUGCCUGUGGACCCCCGCACAGGUGAAACGGAGGUGGAGGCCAUGGAGCUCCAGGAUCUGGAGUUUGAGGAAACUGAAAGCAACAGAGGGAGGCGGGCCAGCUGAGUGACGCUGUGUGCGCAUGUCAUGGCCAAAGAUGGACUUUCUUCUCUGUAAAGCUAAGCCUGGCAUGGCUCGGUCCAGCCCGGUCCGCCUCUGGUCCUCAUCAGCCUCCAGUGUUCCCGUCAUGGUGCUCAUUGUUACUGUAACUCCAUGGUCGCUUGUCCUAAAUAUGUCUGUCUAUAUUUAAAAAGUUGUAUACAUAUGUACAUAUGGAAAAGAAAACAAAGUAACAGACUGGGGCUGCCAUAUUUGAUGGCCUAUGUGUGUGUAUGUGUGUGUGUGUGUGUGAGUGUGUGUGUGUGUGUGUGUGUGUGUGUGUGCGUGUGUGAUAGAGGUUUACUUACUGUUCACUCCUCUGAAUCGAUGCCAAUUUGGAAGAUUCAUUAGGUCACUGCUCACAAUAUGUUGAUAACAUCGUACAAUUUGAACUAUGCAAAUGUAUAACGGAGUGGAAGGUGUGAGUGUGUUUGUGUGUAUAGAGUAACACAAUGUCUUUCAACGUACUAGGGAUGUGCACUAUUGGGGGGAAAAAUGUAUUUAAUUUUUUUAAAUAUUCACGCUCAUGGUGUUAUUGACCUCCUAAAUCCGUGCCAGAGCAGAAUAGUGCGAGUUUAGCUCAACUUCCUCUAAUUUUUAACCCAAGUAACACGUCAAAUAGAAUUUGCCAGGCAAGUACCGUAUUUGUUUUUGCUCCCUCGGAGCAGUAAACAAUACUUUUUAAUAAUUGUUUAAAAAAAA